UACAGAGAGACAAGGAUGGAUUCCAAAGUCCCGAGACUAGCGUUAGCCUUGAAGAAAAGGAAGGCCACUCCACUUCAUCCCGGAGGGAAGGAGAACCUGAAAGCAGACCCAGAAGAGCUUUUUACCAAGCUGGAGAAAAUCGGAAAGGGCUCUUUCGGUGAGGUGUUCAAAGGCAUUGACAAUCGGACUCAGAAAGUGGUUGCCAUUAAAAUCAUCGAUCUGGAAGAGGCUGAAGAUGAGAUAGAGGACAUUCAACAAGAGAUCACAGUGCUGAGUCAGUGCGACAGUCCGUAUGUGACCAAAUAUUAUGGAUCCUAUCUGAAGGACACUAAAUUGUGGAUAAUAAUGGAAUAUCUUGGUGGAGGCUCCGCCCUGGAUCUGUUAGAACCUGGCCCUUUAGAUGAAAUUCAGAUCGCUACCAUAUUACGAGAAAUUCUGAAGGGACUUGAUUAUCUGCACUCUGAGAAGAAAAUCCACAGAGAUAUUAAAGCGGCCAACGUUCUGCUCUCUGAGCAUGGAGAAGUGAAGCUUGCCGACUUUGGAGUAGCUGGCCAGCUGACCGAUACCCAGAUAAAAAGGAACACCUUCGUGGGUACUCCCUUCUGGAUGGCGCCCGAGGUCAUUAAGCAGUCAGCCUACGACUCAAAGGCAGACAUCUGGUCCCUGGGCAUUACAGCAAUAGAGCUGGCCAGAGGAGAGCCGCCACAUUCGGAGCUGCACCCCAUGAAGGUGUUAUUCCUCAUCCCAAAGAACAACCCUCCCACGCUGGAAGGAAACUACAGCAAACCCCUCAAGGAGUUUGUGGAGGCCUGUUUGAACAAGGAGCCGAGCUUUAGACCCACUGCUAAGGAGCUAUUGAAGCACAAGUUCAUAAUCCGCAACGCAAAGAAAACGUCCUACCUGACGGAGCUCAUCGACAGGUACAAGAGGUGGAAGGCGGAGCAGAGCCAGGAGGACUCCAGCUCGGAGGACUCGGAUGUGGAGACAGACGGCCAGGCGUCUGGAGGCAGUGACUCUGGGGACUGGAUCUUCACAAUCCGGGAGAAAGACCCCAAGAAUCUGGAGAAUGGGACUCUCCAGCCGUCAGACCUGGAAAGAAAUAAGAUGAAAGACAUCCCAAAGAGGCCUUUCUCUCAGUGUUUGUCCACAAUCAUCUCUCCUCUGUUUGUGGAGCUGAAGGAGAAGAGCCAGGCCUGUGGAGGAAACUUGGGGUCCAUAGAAGAGCUCCGGGGAGCCAUCUACUUGGCAGAAGAGGCCUGCCCUGGGAUCUCGGACACCAUGGUGGCUCAGCUCGUGCAGCGGCUGCAGAGGUACUCUCUGAGUGGUGGAGGAACGUCAGCUCACUGAGAUAGACGCCUUUGGCAUUGGGUUUGGUUUUUCCUUUCUUCAUCUUCUUUCUUAUUAAAAGUCAAUGAGAGCCUUUGCUGACUCAGCGAAGAGGUGUCACGAAGGGGCCCCGCCCUCCUGUAGCCGCCGCCACCUGUCAGGGACACAUCCUCACCAUGCCACAGCGGUGGAGUUUCUCAGAUGGGAUGGGGAGGGUCUACUCCUUCAAGCAAUUAUUUUAUUUUUUUAUCGUUUUUAAUUUUAAUCAUAGUGCACAUAUUCAAAGAAAGUAUCUUUAACAAAAACCCUGAAAUGUAUAUUUGGAUUGUGACAAGGCAGUUGAAGACAUGCAACCUCAGGUACCCUGCUUUAUGCUGACAGCUCCUGCCCCUGGGAGACAGAGUCGCUCUGGUGGAUCAUGUACAGAUUUGUAUAUAGCGUCAUUUUUAUGGGAACUUUUGGCGUGCAUAAGGAAUCACUGUGUACACAUCGGCCAAGUGCUUCUGUAGAUAAUCUCUCUCUCUGGAGUAAAUAUUGACAGGCCAGACCUUGAGUCUAUGGCCUUGCCUUUAUUACAUGUAAAUUUGAACUCUGUGACCAGUGAUUUGGAUUUUAUUUUGUAUUUACAGGGUCUGUCAUAAAUAAUAAUUAACACCUCCCACCCCCCAUGGAACACUCCUGUUUGUACCUCAACAGAUGCAAAUUUCCCCUAUGCCCCCUUUGGUACACUUGGAAGUUUUUCUUUCUCAUCGAUGGUACUGUUUCUUAGUGUUUUCAAUUGGAACAUAUCUAUUCUCACAGAGCUUUAAAUUAUUCUCUAAGUUCCUCCCGGAUGAAGCCCCUCAUCUAAUCUUGGUUGAGUUGUGCCUUUGUGUCCGCACCAGAUGUCCUGUCCUGUCCUGUCAACACCUUUCUGUUGAACCUGGUCGUAGAAUCCGCAUCUCAUCUUUCCCACCUGAAAGUGUCUGAAUGCUUACACAAAUAAAUUUUAUAACUCACUCAUUUUGCAUACUAUUCUUAAAACCUGGCUCUGCCGAGUGGGUGGGGACACCUGUUCUGCACAUGCAUGUGGUUGUGCAAAGCGUGUCUGUGGAGGCUCCAGGGGAGAGUGCCCAGAUGUCAAGAAGCCAAAUGUCCAGGUUAACGUCCUAUGCAACUGUUGGUUGGUCGCUGAGAUAUGGCCAGUGCGGGUUUGCAGAGCUGCUGAACCUCUUCUGAAGACUUGGAUGGGUGGUUUCCGUUCUCUUCAAAGAGCUGUGGUCUAAUGCUGUCGGCCAGGCUACCUGUUUGCUCCUGUGCUACAAACUCCAGGUUCUCAGAGCAGUUCCUGCAGGUCUUCUUACUCAGAUCUCUGUAGUGUUUUUGUUUGUUGAUGCUAAUUACUGUUCUUGUUGGGAUGCCAGGUCUCAGGGAAGUUAGUUUUUGGAGCAGGAACUUUGGGUGAACUUGGGGAUGUCUGCUUGGCCUUGUGGGUGUGGUGGCCUGGACGUAAGCAAGGGCAACCCAAGGCUCGAGGUGUUGGCCAUGAAGACGACUGUUUAGGUUAAAUGGGGGGAGGUCGCCUAGGUUUUUAGACUAUUACAGAUUGUGAGAUUGUGAUAGUCUAAUGGAAGUAGAUUUGGGCUGGAUUAAUAAUUUCAACCAAGGACAUGUUUUUGGCUGGGGGAAAUAGAACUGCAGUUGUCACUGUACUUUCCCAAGUCUGUGGGUGUUUGCCUGCGUGUGUGUAUGUCUGCACUACAUGUGCGCAGUGCCCUUGGAGGCCAGAAGAGGGCGUCCGGAUCCCUUGGGACUGUGGUUACAGGUGGCUGUGUGGGUGCUGGGAACUGAAUUCAGGUCUUCUGCAAAGAGCCAGCGCUCUUAAUGGCUGGGCCAUCACUUUGACCUCAAGUAUUGUUGUCUUGCAGUUAGGAUGUUGGCCAGUGAAGUCUGAGGGUGCUGUGUGUUUUCCUGUAUGAGGCCUGACGCGUUAGCCAUGCUGUAGGAGUCGCUCACAGAUGCAUGCGCUCUACAGAAGAGUGGAGUGCGGUGUGUUUGACUUGAAGAGGGUCCCAUUUCUAGUGUCGAUAGAGCUCUUCAGCUUUACAAAUGGAUAGGAUAGGACUUAGACAUGAAGCCAAUCUUUGUUUUUUGUUUUUCCUUCUUUCUCAGUGCUGGGACAUGAGCCCAGGACUCUUGAUUGCUGGGUCAGGGUUUUCCUAGGCUUUCCCUGCAAUCCCUGUCUGUAACCCUAGCUGGUGCGGUUGAGCUGCUGAGUGUACUAGACCUGGUUAAGCUUAUGUUUUCUGUGAGACUACAGGCAAGUCCUCUGCAGUCACUGGAUUCCAAGGCAGUGUCUCCCUGUGAAAACAAUACCCGAUCCUUUGGGAGUACAUUAGAAACUCCACUGGGGGAUGUGGUAAACUUGACAGCCUUAGAGUCUCCUGCCCAAAGUCGGAUGAGGUGUUCUCCGGACCUGUCGUCCAUCCAGUCCGUGGUUCAGACCGGGGCCCAUCUCAGAACUGUCACCGGCACCUGACUGGCAUCACCCAGGAAGUCCCUCAGUGCCAUACUCCAGCCAUGCACAGCUCCGAUGGUGACAGCGCCAUGAAGUACUGUGAUGCGGCCCAAGUGCCGACUGUUCGUGUCUGAUUCAUGGGACGGGUUGUCAUGUGGGAAGCUCACGAUGGCCGGGAACGCAGGGUCCUCCUACCUUGGCCUUCUGAGUGCUGGGAUUACAGGUGUGCAUGCAGACGUCGGCUCAUUGAUGGCCUUUCCCGGUUACUGCUUCGUCCCAGGGGUGACAUCCUGUGAGUGGAUCCGCCAGUUAACGCGGGAGAUGGUGUGUUCCCAGCAGCCGAGGUUCCUUCUCAGAAGAAGCCCACCGUUUUGUUCUCAAGUUGUCAUCAAGGUUCCUGUUUGGUUCUUUAUGUAGUGUUUUAUACUUUUCUUGGGCAAAAACCUGUAAUCGGUUUAUAUGCAUUAUAUUUCGUAAAAAAAUCUGCCUUCUGUGUUUCUGCUAUGAAACACGGCAAUCGAGGUGGAAACUCUAGAGUGACCUCCUCAGUCCUCAUGCUGUCAUUAAAGGCCAAUAAAGCUCUCAGAAGUGA